AAGAUUUCUUCAAAAUAAAAAUAUAAUGAAAUAACCAAUAAAUGAAGAAAGUAUUUUAAAUGAUUUGAACUUCAAUGUUUCCUUCUUUGAAAUCCCCAGUUUGCGCAUGCAGUCGUAUUCCAACGUGCUGAUGCCAGUGAAAAGUGUAAUUUUUAAUAAAGUAGUCGUUCGUCCGUGUGUUUAUCCUUUAAUUUAACAAACAGUCAUGCGUACUUCGGAUGGUAUCAAAUAUUGACAUUUUGCAAUGGUAUUUGUUCAGAAACCACAUGUAAUAUGCGGAUUUUCUCGCACGAGCCAUAAUGGAGUAAAGUGUAGGGAUUUCGCAAAAGGAAGAUGAUUGAAUGAUUCGCAGCGUUAUACGUUAAAAUUGAACCGUUCUGCGGUAGGCAAACUUGGUAGCACUGGGAAUAGGAAUGUUUCAGUGUAUUUCAUAGUCUUAUGUUUUCUGUCAUGAAAAGUUCGCUGUCAAAAUUAGUGUCAUUCGUGAAUAUCUGCUGAAUGGACUAACGAAAGAUCUGUAUGAGAGAUUCUCGACUUGUGGUAAGCUGUUUGCCCGUGAAGUUUUAAAUCCCCAUUACGAUUAUAACGUCAAAGGUAACCUAUUUCAAGUGAUCCGCGAAUUGGCCUCUAUUUACGCGCAGAUGAUCGUGAUCUGUGAGAUUACUGACGAGACUGUUUACAAAGAAAACACGUUGCAAACUUUUUAACUCGAAACCUCAAGUUUCCACGUGGAAAUCGUCAGUACAGUGGAGUACUGACACAAAUUAUUUAACUGAAACGUGUUGUCUAAUAUUAAAAACAUAUCAGAAGAAACACUGGACGAAGAAUAUUGCAACAGAGCACUUUUUAAAGUAGACAUAAGUGGAAGAGUGGUAAAUAAAUAUUUACACUUGGUUGAGGACCAACUCUUAAGUCAAUAUGAACAGAAAAACAAAUAGUGCAACAGCAAUAUUGAAACAGGAUUAUUUACGAUUGAAAAAAGAUCCUGUACCUUAUGUUCUUGCUGAACCUGUACCUUCAAAUAUAUUAGAAUGGCAUUAUGUUGUAAAAGGCCCAGAAAAAACGCCAUAUGAAGGAGGAUUUUAUCAUGGAAAGCUUAUAUUUCCUGGAGAAUUUCCAUUUCAGCCACCUAGCAUUUAUAUGAGCACUCCGAAUGGCAGAUUUAAGGUUAAUACAAAAUUGUGUUUAUCCAUAUCUGAUUUUCAUCCUGAUACUUGGAACCCGGCAUGGAGUGUGUCUACCAUUCUUAUUGGAUUACUUAGUUUUAUGAUUGAGAAAAGUCCUACUUGGGGUAGUAUUAAUACAACAGACUAUGAAAAAAGACAGUUGGCUGCACAAAGUUUGGAAUAUAAUUUACAAGAUAAAAUGUUCUGCGAACUCUUCCCAGAAACUGUUGAGGUUAUUAAAGCAGAAUUGAAACAUAGAAAAGAAUUAGAAAAGCAAGGAAGGUAUCAAUCUAUGACAUCAGAGGUUUCGUCUUUGAUUCAGGACCAGUUGCAAAGAGAACAAAGUCCGUUGCAUAGAGUGCUUACUAAUGUUUUGGUCAUUAUAGGCUUCACAGCAUUUGCGUUUGUAGUAAAAUAUGUAUUAAGGAGCAUUGCCAUGGAAUAAGUUGGAAGUGAUUGUGAAGCAUUCACCUGUUUUCUAGAUUAUUUAAGAAUGGAGAAAGUUGUGAUAUAAUGCGUGCAGAUCUUGAGAAAUGAUGUUUGAAACUUGAGAUGUAGAGUUCUAGAGUCUGACAUGCCUGCUUAUCUAUAUUUAUCUACACAGUACUAUACAACCUCUCGGUUCUGUGUAUGCCAGUAUGCUGUGGGUGUUUGAUAGAUUUUUAUAUAUGAAGGUUAAUUGUAAAAUACAAGUUGUACUAUAUUUGCAAAUUUUAAACGUGAUAACAUACUACGUCAGGGUUGGAAAUUUGUUGAGAAUUUACUAAUUAUUAUUGGGAACAUAAUGUCUUAAGUUCUGACACGUUGUCAAGAAUUUAACAUUGUUUACUGCUUAGAAUCUGUUUCAUUGACAUUGGAUUGAAUCGAGUUCUGUCACGCAAACUUCCAAAGCUGUGGUUCUUUACUGAACUCUUUAUAGCAGUUAUUUUAUGAAUUGUGUACAAGUGUAAAAUGAAAAGAGGGAAAAAAGAAGGAGACCUAAAAAGAGGG